AUGAUCCAGGAGAAGGUCCAGAGGAUCAUCACCAAACGCCGGGACAAGAACGGGAAGGUCAUUUCCGAGUCGGAGACCAUGCAAGACAUCUUGAAGAGAUGGGUGAUACCGGCCAACGACUCGCGGAAGAUCAUAUGGGACCUCUUCAUGGGUGCUUUGAUCAUAUACUCGGUCAUUGCUAUCACCUACUCCGUGUCCUUCAAUGCGACGGAUCCAGACACCCGGCUGCAUUGCAAUGGAACGCUGCCGUGGUCCAAGCUGUGGAUGCAGGGCACCUGGUCUUGGGACCGUCAGCUGGCACCCGCCGCGAAGGCGCCCAGUCCGCUGGGGGUGGCGGCGAAGGCGGUGGUGGCGCCCAAGGGAAAGGAGGCCUCGAAGGAGGCGUCGAAGACAAAGGCUGAUGCCGCGAGCCUAGCAAAGGAGGCGCCGCCUGCCUUCGGAGUUCUCAGCCCCAAGCAGGCGGAGGAGCGGGUGGCGAAGAUGUUGCCCAGCACCCUGGAGGCCUUGGCGGAGAGUACUUCGGAGCAGGAGCAAUUGAUUCUUCGCCUUAUGCUUGCCUACAUCGGCGAGAAGGACGACUUGAGCUGGAAGAAUGCGCAGCAGUCCUGCAAGGAUGCCAAGAAGUUUCUGGGCGAGAUGCUGGAGAUGGAAGCAGGGAAGUACAUCACGAAGCUCAUCAUGCAGCGCAUGGACAAGAUUCUUGGCGACGCCGAAAUGGAGCUGACGCCGGAGUCCAAGGCCUACGACUUGGCACUGCUGCUGGAGGCUUCGCGGCGUGAGUGGAAGAAGUCUCUGCCGCCGGAGGAGAAGGUGAAACCGAAGGAGCCGGAGGUGCCACCUGAGUGGCCCGUGAAGAUUGGCUUCAAGGAGCUGAAGCAGCGGUUGGACGAGGCGGCCGCCUGGGAAAAGACGGCGCUGGUAGUGUGCUGUGGCCACGCCAAGGAAGCCGACACCUACUUCACCUAUUCCGGGUAUUCGCAGAUUGAUGCGAAAUGGGUGCUGGGACAGACCAUGAUCAAGAAGGAGGUGAGUGUGGAGGACAUGCAAGAAGAACUCCGGAAGCGCGUGGUGGGUGCGCUGAAGCACGGACUCCCUGUGCACGUGGCCAUGUCGAACACUGCAGUGGCCUUCAAAAAGACCUUCUGCAGAGAGGACAAGUUCCCGCUCUGCUUCUUCAAAGACAAGGAGUUCAAGGGCGACCCCGCGGCGCCGAAGGAGGAGCGCCCCUACUUCAGCAUGGUGACCAAGGAGGAUCUGGCAGACUGGCCGGGGAACAUUGGCCACAUGAAGGAAGGCUACAGAAUGGUGGUUACCACAGACUUUGACGUGGAGAGUGCCAAGGAAUUCCUGCCGGAUGCUUUGCCCCACUUCGAGGAUAUGGCCAUAAUUGAGAUCGACCCUGCUUCCUUCAAGUGA